AUGGAUUUAGCUCGAAUAAACGAAUUAGGACUAGAAGAUUAUUCAAAGUGGAAAAGUAUCGUAUUAGUCAUAUCAUUUAGUAAAUGGUGGAUAAUGAUAAUAACAUUUCAAUGUUAUUUGGUAUUUUUAAUAUGUAUAAGUCAGUUGGGAUUUCAUUUUUAUAAAACGGAAUUGGCGGUAUUGAGAUACAUAUUUGAUGCAUUUUAUUUUUUAGACGUUGUUUUCAUAUUGUCUUAUCGUAGGAACAUACAAUAUAGGAAAAUAAAAUUUACCGCUCCGCGAAAUUGGUUUUUCAUAUUUUUAGAUUUUCUAUCAAUUAUACCGGCGGAACUUUUUUAUAGUUUUUAUUACGUGACCAAUAACGAAAAUGACGAUUUAGAAAGGAUUUUAUUUCAAAACAGAACGCUGAGAAUAUAUAGGAUAUUUUAUUUUGAAUCCUUGGUAGAGAAAACAAUAACAAAAUAUCAUAAUUAUAUAUUGUACAUGAUUUUUCUUUUUGUCACAAAGGUUAUAUUGGUUUCACAAAUUAUUUGUUGCUUAUGGGUAAACAUGAAAAAUUCUCUAAAAUGCGAUUUAUCCUCGUAUACUUGCUUGCUAUGGCACAUGUUAGAAGUACAAUCCAUAGUAAUACAUAAUUCUUCUUUGAAAUACGGAUCCAUGACAUCAACGUGGGAAAUAGUUUUAGCCGCUCUCGCCAUGUUUUUCGGUUUGGUUUUGAUAUACGCUUAUUUUUAUCCAUUUAUUUUUCUCGUAAGUAUACAAUUAAAUUACGCGAGAGCUCUUUAUUACGACAAGUAUAAGAGACUUGUUCAAGUUCUCGACAACAUGAUUAAAAAUCAAAGUGUCAAAGAAAAAAUCAUACAAAAUUUUCUCGAUUCGUGGAAAAAUACGACAAACGUUCAUCAAUUGUUUGAAAAUGUACCAUUGGCAUUGAAGAAAGAAAUUUUCACGGAUAUUUUUUGGGAUGCGUUCAGUCAUUCGGAUUUAUUGAGAUCGAUAUCGAGAAGUUGCAAGAGAACGUUAUCACUCGUCGUGACGAAAGUCAAUUAUCACACGGGAGAACAAAUAUACGUCAAAGGUCAAAACCGAGAGAAAAUGUUGUUUCUAAUACAGGGUAUGGUUCAAAUAAUGGCGGAGGAAAAUGAAAAAUCACCCCUAUUGUCAUUUUCAAGCGGAACCGUUUUCGGGGAAUCGUCACUUUUUUUAUGUACGAAAAGUUCGGCCAUAAUAAAAUGCAUGACUUAUUGCGAAUUUCAAAUAUUGACAAUGCAAAAUUUGGCAAAAGUAUUCAUUGAUUAUCCGAAAGAUAAGAUUUUAGUUUUUAAAAAAUUAAAGGAAAGAUUAAAAAUGGCCAAAUACACGCAAUGGAGAAAAACAACAUUCGGAUUCGACGAUAGUAGAGAAGCAUACAACAUUCAAUCGAACGUCGAGGAUUGCGUGAAAUGGAUCAAAACUCAAUGGGUCGCCAUUUCUGAGGGACACAUAAGACAUAAAUUAACGAUGAAAGCAAUUGAAGAAGGACAACGUAUACCUUCAUUUCACAGAACUCUAUUACAACCGGAAAUAAAAAUUGAAUUCAUAUCGAAUUAUUUGGAAUUAUUCGUACUUAGCAAUGCUUUCGAAGAGAAAAGGGAUGCUGUGUGCUUGCGUACCAAUUUCCCAUGGUCAAUCGAUCCAACGGCUUCGUUUCUUCGAUCGUGGAACACAUUGAUUAAAUUCGUAUCAUUUUUUCCAAUGAUCGUGUACCCUUUCAGCACGGCUUGGUUGGAUGAAUAUCCAAUUUUGGUUUACAAAUUGAGUUUUGUAGUAACGACAAUAUUUUUAGUAGACGUCGUAUUAAAAUUAUUGACGGCAAAAAAAACAAAACACAACAUAAUAACGCAAUUCAGAUCCGUUUUAUUACAAAAACUGAGAGAGCCGACAUUUUAUCUCGACAUAUUGGCAGCUUUUCCGUAUCAAAUAUUUAUUAUACUUAAAUACAACGAAUUAAAAUCGUACGAAGUAGGUUUGUUCCUUUAUCCGGCCAUAUUGAAAUUUCACGUUUUCGUUACGGUUAAAAUACCAUUGGGCUCUUACAUGGUUUUUAUGAAUUUUUUAAAAAAUUUCAUAAUAUAUUUGGUAUGCGUGUAUUUUUUUGCCGCGGGAUUGCACAUUUAUUAUUAUUCACUCGAAGUCCGAAACGGUCCCAAGGAAAAUUGGAUAACAAGAUAUUUAAGCGGUAAAGGAAGGAAAAAUGUCAGAGUUCAACUCGUUUCAUUUAUAAACGUUUUAUUAAACGCAUUGGGAAUAACGGAUUUAUACGUGUAUUGUGAAAAAACAAUGGAAUUGGUAUCGGAAUCAACACAAAAAUAUGUUUUCUUUUUAAUAAUAGCUUAUUUUUUAGGUAAUUUUUUCGGUUGUUUUAUAAUAAAAAUAUUCAGCUUCGGUACGUUUAUUGUUUUAUUGAAAAGGAUUCGGGCUUUCAUAGAAAGUAUUAGAUUUAGCGCGGAUGUUGAAAAACAAUUACUUAAAAAUUUUAAAUUUCAAUGGGAUUACGAACACGCGGAUAAUUUUUCAAGCGAAUCCCCGAUAUUGAAAUUUUCAUCAUUCGAUAUAAAAAAAAAUAUUUUUCUCGAAAGCAUUUAUCACACAUUGAAAAUUUGUAAAAUGUUUCAAUUGGAAUCAAACGAUCUUCUCAUGGCCGUAAUGAAAAAAUGUUCUUUCGUCGGAGUUCCAGCGGGUUCGAUAAUAGUCACAUACGGUGACAUAAGUCACACAUUAUCCAUCGUUCACAGAGGAACGUGUCAGGUAAAUAGUUUUUUAAUUAAAGACACGACGGCGGGUUUAGGAUGGCCCAUGGCGGUGGGACCGGGUUACGAAUUUCCCGUAUUGUCAACCCUCUGCGGUACACCCGUACCCGUUGGAGUGAUAACUAUAACGGAUUGCGAAUUGAUUAUGAUACACGUCAACGAUUUGGUUAAUAUAUUUAUACAUUUUGACAUGUUGAAAGACGUUACGGAAGCUUUGAUCGAAAAUAAUUUUGUGGAAAAAUUACAAAACGUCAAACCCGGAUUGAUCGGAGUCAAAGAAAAUUUAUUUAAAAAAGUUUUCCUAACAAAAGAUCGCAAGGAAUCGCUUUGGUCGAAAAAAUUGUGGAGCAUAUAUUUUUUUUUCGACAGAGGUAAUCGUUACAACAGUUUGAAAUUUUUCGAAAAAUGGGAAUUAUUUUUCGGAAUUUACGUUAUUUUAUUAAACAUAUUUUGGCCAUCUUGUUUCGGAAUAUUAGCCUACGCAUCCCACGUUUUACUCCCAAUGCUCGUCGCAUCCCAAAUAGUCAUCGUAUUAAACAUAUUAUUUUACAUAUGGACUCCGUAUUACAACGAUAAUGGCAUAUUGGUAUACCAUCCCUUUUACACGCUUAAACAUUAUUUAAAUACGGCGCUCACCGUCGACCUACUUUGUUUUUUCCCAUUUUAUUCAAUCGUGAGGUACGGGAUAUCGGAUUCGAUGGAAAAACUACCAUAUUGGACGGUUUUAUUUAGCCUUUUUCAAUAUUAUUUAAAAUUCAUACACGUGAUUGGUUUUUUCGGAAGGGAUUCGCUCACUCUUUACGAUAAAUAUUUCGUUCAUAUGGCUAAAAUUAUAUUAUUUUUUUUCAUUACUCUAAACAUUCACAUAAAUUUUUGCAUGUUUUAUUUCGCGGAAUGGAUUUACGAAUCCCCGUAUAGAAUAGUGGAUUUCGAAGUUGUCCCGGAUUUCGAAGAAUAUUACGAUAAUGCAACGUUCAGACCCAACGGAUCCCUACACGAAUAUUAUAUAUACAUAUGUUAUUGGACGAUAUCGUCGUUGAACGCAAACAAUUUAAAUUUGGAAAUAUUUAGAGAAUUUCAAUUGAAAAUGUCAUUCGUAUUGAGUUUGAUCGGUGCCAUUUUUUCAUAUUACGUGUAUUGCACGAUGGUCGCGGAUUGUUUUUUCACAUUUUUAGGUGAAAUUAUUUUUCAAGAAAAAAUAACGUCACUCGUUAAAUUUUUAGAAUUUGAAAAUGCCGACGAUAAAGUAAUAGAAAGAGUUUUAUCUUAUUAUAAUUACGUAUGGUCUAAAUCGAGGGGAGAAAAUUUAAAAAAAACAUUCGAACAAUUUCCAAGUUAUUUACACGAUCAACUCGUGUAUCCCCUGUACAGGUCGACGUUGAUCAAAUGUAACAUAUUCUCAAAUGCAAACGAGGGAUUUUAUAAAAUAUUAGCUAAUCAUUUAAGUUGCGUUUAUUACAGUCGUGGAUCCGUUAUAAUAUUUCAAAACGAAGUACAAUCUCAUUUGUAUUUUCUUCACAAGGGUAAAUGUUUCGUUUACGAUUGGUUUUUAAUACUCACGGAUGGAUCCCUAAUAGGAGAUUUAAAUCACACAGGAGUCAUGAGAAAUAAAAUCUACGCUUUGACCCACACGGAACUCCUUAAAAUAUCAUCAAAUGAUUUUUUUUCAAUAUUAAAUAAUUUCGACACAAUCGAAACGCAAUAUUUAAAAGUAAUACAAAGUUUGGAAAAUUUUUUCAAUUCGGGAGUUGUAAAAAAUAAAUAUCAAGCACAUCCGGUCGACAGCAGAGAUGUUUUACACGCUUUCGGAUUGGAGAGUAAAGUUUUCGGAUUCGAAGACGAAAGUUAUUUCGAAGAAACAAAUAAAGUUACCAUCGUUAUAAGGAAAUCAUUGAAAUUUAGAUCGGAUGAAAAAAAACGUUUGUUCAUUAUAUAUCCGGGAACGUGGAAAAUCAAAAUAUUAUUAACUUUCGUACAAAUAAUUGCUUUUCUAAGCAUAUCCGCCGUGCCAUUUUUCGGCAUAUUCGGCUGUCUCACGAAUGAAGCAUUUUCCGUCAUUGCAAUAUUAGAUUUAUGUUGGCUCCUAUGCAUUAUAUGUAAUUUUUUCGUCGGGUACAUGGAUAAGGUUAAAGGUGACGUCAUAACGGAUUUGAAAUUCAUAGCACUUAAAUAUAUGAAAAGAGGUGACGGGUUUUUCAUUGAUUUACUCGCACUUAUCCCCUUCGAAAUAUUAUACAUAUUAACGUUUAAAAAUUUACGAGACGUUAAUUCGAAAGUAGUCUCGUGGUUGAGAAUUUUUAGACUUUUUCGAAGCAUACACUUGUUCGGAGACAUAAGAAACGAAUCGAAAAAAUUAAAAGCGAAUCAUUUAUUGAUUUAUUUACAUCUUUUAUUAUAUUUAUUAGUUUGCCUGAUAUUUUUGUCUGCAUUUAUUGUCAUAAUAACACCGUAUCCGGAUGAUCACGUUGUUAGAAAUCCAUUUUCAUUGAAUAUUCGACAGAUUGGUGUUUUUUUAAGCGCUUGCGAAGACAUCUUGGAUUUUUUUUCAUCGACCGGCGUUUCGAUACUUUAUCCGAGUACGAAUAUACACAUAUUUUUUAUGAUUAUUUUUGGCAUGCUCGUACCUUAUCUAAAAGGAAUAUUGAUAAGUCAAGACAACGAAACGUCACCGUCUAUAAUAAAAAGCGUAGUCGAUUAUAAAUUAAAUCUAUUAGAUUUUGGAAGAUCGGAAAACAUGCCACUUUUUUUAGAAAAAUGUCCGUUGAGUUUGAAAAUAAUCAUUAUGAAAGAUCUUUAUUUUAAACAUUUGCUUAAAUUUCCACUUUUCGAAAAUAUAAACACGAUAUUUUUGGAACAAUUGCUCGCGACUAUGAAACGUGAAAUAUUUUUUUCCGGUCAAGCCAUAGUCGAACAAUUCGAUGUGGAUCACAGAAUGUAUUUCAUACACAAGGGAGAAGUUUACGUCAUUAAAGAACAGGAUUACAUGGAAACGGUUAUCGGGAUAAGGAAAAGCGGGGAAUAUUUUGGUGAAUCCUCAGGUUUAUGGUUUUCCAUACCUCACGAAUUCACGUACAGAGCGAGAACGUUAGUAGAAGUUUUGGUACUUUGUUCGGAUGAUUGGAUGGAUUUAAGAAGAUGUUUUCCUAAAACAUCAGCUGAAAUAUUAUCUAAAGCACAAAGUUUAGGUUUAAUAUAA